GAGAGAGAGAGACGCCGAGCGGCAGAGCACACGCCAUGAGUCCAUGACCAUGUAUUGUAUUUGUAUAUAAACAAACAAAAUUAUGUAACGACUCUCACUUUUCUGAUUCCCGAGUCAGAAUUGCUUUAAUCUUCAACACCGUCAGUUACUCUUUGUCUCGCCCGUUUCUUCAUCAUUCAAAUCUCCAUUGUUGUUCGUAUUGUCAUGAUAAGGUUUUACAGAUAAAUACUACUCUAGUACUGUGUAGAGAGAGAGAGAGAGUGAGAGGAGAGAGAGUCUGGAGUGAGAGAGAUGGAGGGAAGUGAUGGUUUUGUGAGGGCAGAUCAGAUAGAUCUGAAGAGCUUGGACGAACAGCUUCAGAGGCAUCUGAGCAGAGCAUGGACUAUGGAGAAAAAGAAGAAGGAACAGCAAGAAGAGAGGCCCACCGCCAGACAUGAGUGGGAAAUCGAUCCUUCCAAGCUCAUCAUCAAAACUGUCAUUGCUCGUGGUACCUUUGGCACCGUUCAUCGUGGUGUCUAUGAUGCUCAGGAUGUUGCUGUUAAACUUCUUGACUGGGGGGAAGAAGGGCACAGAACAGACGCUGAAAUAGCAUCACUUAGAGCAGCUUUUACACAAGAAGUGGCUGUGUGGCACAAGCUUGAUCAUCCUAAUGUAACUAAGUUUAUAGGAGCUACAAUGGGCACGUCAGAGCUAAACAUACAGACUGAUAAUGGUCAUGUUGGCAUGCCAAGUAAUGUUUGUUGUGUUGUCGUUGAAUAUCUUCCUGGGGGUGCACUGAAAUCUUUCCUCAUAAAGAACAGGAGGAGGAAGCUUGCUUUUAGAGUAGUUGUCCAACUAGCACUAGAUCUUGCAAGAGGGUUGAGUUAUCUUCAUUCUAAGAAAAUUGUCCACAGAGAUGUGAAAACAGAAAAUAUGCUUCUGGACAAGACACGAACCAUCAAAAUAGCUGACUUUGGGGUUGCUCGUCUUGAGGCUUCAAAUCCUAACGACAUGACUGGCGAGACUGGAACCCUUGGUUACAUGGCGCCAGAGGUUCUCAAUGGCAACCCAUAUAACAGGAAAUGUGAUGUGUACAGUUUUGGUAUCUGCCUGUGGGAGAUAUACUGCUGUGACAUGCCAUAUCCCGACCUCAGCUUCUCGGAAGUGACGGCAGCUGUUGUCCGCCAGAAUCUGAGGCCAGAGAUACCUCGCUGUUGCCCAAGCUCUCUUGCAAAUGUAAUGAAGCGAUGCUGGGAUGCCAACCCCGACAAGCGGCCAGAGAUGGAUGAGGUAGUGUCCAUGCUGGAGGCCAUUGACACAUCAAAGGGUGGAGGGAUGAUCCCUCCGGAUCAGGCCCAGAGUUGUUUCUGCUUCCGCAGGUACCGAGGGCCUUGAAUGAAUUACUCAUCCUAGCAGCGCGACGGUUGAUGUAUGAGAGAUUAUAUGGAAGUUGUAUUUAAGUUAAACCGAGGCAAAUACCUCAAACCUUAGAGGGCAUAGUUUAAGAGGGGCUCUAUAUCUGUUUCUUUGUUAGGUCGUUGAUGUUGUAAAGCUUCUCUUUUUGUUUUAUUUUCCUUUUAGUUUCUUUCAGUCAACUAUGUUACUGAUAGGACGCUCCAAGUGGUGGAUUUGCCCAGUAUCUUAUAUCUAAGAUGGAACAACUUUCAUGCUUCGAUGAAUUUUAUUAAUGUCAUUGGGGGAUGAUUUGACCAA